AUGUCCGAGCAUCAUGUUAACCUUCCUGCUCCACAAUUUUCCACAUAUGCUACUGUCAUCGAUCCUCCAAAGCAAGUCACUCCAACUCAAUCAACUCAAAACCCUCCUUCACAAGAUGUGAGUCCUACCGUGUCAUCGACACCAGUGCGUGUACCGUAUCCAUCAGCACCACCUGCAGCUUCUUCUGUAUCUCCCCCAGUUCCGACACCUUCAGCGUCUAUUCCAAAGAAAAUGGCUCUGGCUCCGCCGUCGAACAAGACUUAUAAACUGAAACGAACUUUCAAGGUUAUCAUAGUAGGUAACGCGGCAGUUGGUAAAACAUGUCUAUCUUUCCGAUUUUGUUGUGGUCGAUUCCCUGAACACACUGAAGCAACGAUCGGUGUAGACUUCAGAGAGAGAAGUUGUGUUAUUGAGAAUGAGCUUCUCCGAGUGCAAUUGUGGGAUACAGCGGGACAAGAACGUUAUCGGCAAUCUAUUGUGGCUCACUAUUACCGAAAUGUCAACGCUGUUGUGUUUGUUUAUGAUGUUACAUGUCGUGAGUCGUUCAACGAUCUAGCUUUGUGGAUCAAAGAAUGUGAAAAACAUGGAUUGGUUAGCGAUAGUGAGGUUCCUCGAAUUCUGAUAGGCAACAAAUGCGACGUGGAAUGUCAAAAUCGAGUUUCUACUGAUGAAGCACAGAUGUUUGCCGACAGAAAUAACAUGGCAUUGUUUGAAACGUCUGCUAAAGCUGCCUCUGAAGCUGAUCACGUCGAAUCCAUCUUUCUGACACUUCUCCAUAAACUUCAGCAGAGCAAACCAAUGCAUGUACAAUCACAAGAUGAAAGGCAGCAAAAAGAGCAGGAACGGUUAAUUCUGAAGGCGAACGAAACUGGAAACGUCGAAGAAGAAGGCUUCUGUUGCUGA